GAAACGCAGUUCUCUUCAAAUCCUGUUACAACAAAUCAAUAAAAGAUUGGAAAUUUGAUUAAAGGUUUUGAUUUUUAUCUGUUGUAAAACUAACUAUUUUAAGUUGAAUAACGAAGAAAGUAAUUUAUAAUUGUUUACAAUGUAUAUGUGCUAAGGAGCAUAAAACCUUUACUGAAACUGCUUUGUGAAAUGACGAUGAUUCCGAAAUCAAGUAAUUUCAUUAGUAACUUAAGCUACGAAAAUGUGUCGGUUAUUUUACAAACAAAAUAUCAAAGUGACGCUAAUUGCCGUAAAAAUGUAAACGAAGUAGCUAACGCUUUGAAUGGUUUUGUAAUGAACACUAUUGACAUUGUUAUUGGUAUUUUAAUUGUUAUAUUGAAUGUUGUGUUGGUGAAUGGAAUUCGCAAAUCACGACGCAAAGCAAAAAGUUACACGCACAACGAAAAACUUGUAUUGUUGUUAUCUUCAAUUGAUUUAUUGGUUGCUUUAGUUUAUAUGCCACUUGAAAUGGUUUUAGUAAAAAUGGUAGAUAAGAUUUCUUGUAUAGUUAUUUCUAUAACAGGAUUUUGGCUUGUAUUCACUUUAGGUUUCUCAGGAUCAGUUGUUGCCCUAAUAUCUAUAGAAAGGUUUAAUGCUGUUUUAAAUGAUAAAAAAUGCUGUGGCGUUAAAUUCAAUGGCGUUUAUGCAACAACAGUGCUAUGUAUUCAUUUUCUUAUAUCAUCUGGAUUAGGCGUUUGGCAUGCACUUUUAAAUUAUAUACAACUUUCACGUCCUCACCAUUAUUACUACUUUUUUAUUGUGGCCACCUACACAAUCAGCAAUAUAUUAUCUGUAUUAGUCAUGAAUAGUUUAUUAUUGAUUAAAUCAAAAAAAAUGCUACAAACUAAAGAAAUUCGUGUUGCGCAACACAAUGUGUUGGAGAGGCGGCUUACUCAAACUAUGAUGGUGAUAUCAAUUACCUAUAUAAUUUUAUAUAUUCCUGUGGUUGUUGGUGGCUAUAACUUUUUUGUUAUACUCUAUUUGAAUGAACUCAAUUCCGUGGACGAUGCAAGUAAACUGUUAUUUUGGGCUGUUUUUUUUUGUAAAAUUAACUCAAUACUUAAUGCCUUAAUAUACAUAACCAGAAAUAGAAAUGUACAAAAGUUUUAUAAAAGUUGUAUAGCUUCAAUUCUUGAAAAAGGUUUUUGCAGACAGUUAUUGGAUACGCAGUUCUCCUCAAAACAGGUUUCUAUUUAUGCGAUGACAGUUUCUGAAAGUAACAAAAAUGUUUUCAUUUAAAAUAAACGCAAUAAAAACAACAUUUAAGAUACUGCAAAUAUAAAAGGCUAUUAAAUAAAGGCUUUUGAAUUCUUUUAAUUUAUUUUUAAAAAAAAGUCCUUAGUUUAAAUCAAGUAGUUUUAUAUAAGAAAAUAUUAAGAUAAACGGUAUUGCAGUCCACUACACGAGGCCUACAUAAAUACGCGGCCUACUAUUAAGAGUCUUCCAUAAAGUACAUUUGACAACAUUUGAAAAUCUUGGCCCACUACUCUCUCUUAAAAGUUCAUUUGAAAUACCUCUUCCUCAUCAUCUCUCCCCACUUUAAAAAUUGAAAACAGUUUUAGUUUAUAAAAGUUGUAUAAAGUAAGAAAUGUUUUAUUAAUAAGAGCGUAAAUACUUUUAAACUUGAUCAUAUGCCCUCCCCAUUACUUUAUUUAACGCUUUAUACGAUUCCAAAGUCGG